UGUCACCACCUCCUCUCCAGGGCUUUUCAUUCUUCUGCCUACACGGUGGCAUUGCAGCUUCACAAGAGAGGUGGGAGGUUGGGGGAGGAUCCCCUCUGCUCUGUCUGAUGGCCAGCUCUGCUUGAUAUCAGGUACCUUAGUUAGAUCUGCUCCAUCUCCUCUUCCAGAGUUGUCCUGUAUCCCAGAUAUCGCAAGCUCCAACAGUGUAUGUUGCUGGUCUUGGUGGCUUUGAGCCAACUGUGGACCUGAAUUCUUUACCAGCUUCUUCCUCCCCAGCUGGCCAAUCCUAGAAACAUUGCUGCUGAUGGGGACAGCCCUGAAACAUCGCAGCCUCUGUUUGCUGUAGUCUUGGUGGAGGCUAAUUUUCCUUUUGCUUCUGAAACUUCACAGAAUAUUUAAAAGAUGCCUCGAAGAAGAUGAAGAGCGGCCUCCUGUUUGUCAAACUGGUCAGCCCGCACUCAGGGGAAGGAGCCAUGUACUUAAUUGAUACGUGCCUACAGCAGCUGUUUGAAAUAAAAGUUUUCAAGGAAAAGCACCAUUCUUGGUUUAUAAAUCAAUCAGUUCAAUCAGGGGGCCUGCUCCACUUUGCCACACCCAUGGACCCUUUAUUUCUGCUCCUUCACUAUCUCAUAAAGGCUGGCAAAGAGGGGAAGUAUCAGCCCUUGGAUCAGGUCGUAGUGGAUGACACAUUUCCAGAUUGCACCUUGCUGCUGAGAUUUCCUGAGCUUGAGAAGUCACUUCGGCAUGUGACAGAGGAAAAAGAAGUGAACAGCAAGAAGUACUAUAAGUACAGCUCAGAGAAGACAUUGAAGUGGCUGGAGAAGAAGGUCAACCAAACUGUGGCGGCACUGAAAGCCAAUAAGGUCAAUGUUGGAGCCCGGGUGCAGUCAUCUGCCUAUUUCUCUGCUGUUCAGGUUUCCAGAGACAAGGAAGAAGAUUAUGUUAGAUAUGCCCAUGGUCUGAUCUCUGAUUACAUCCCUAAAGAAUUAAGUGACGAUUUAUCCAAGUUCUUGAAGCUUCCAGAACCUCCAGCUGCAUUACCAAGCCCUCCGUCAAAGAAACUAAAGGUGUCAGAGGAGUCUGUAGAAGCAAAAGAAGAUUACACUAAGUUUAACACUAAAGACUUGAAGACCGGCAAGAAAAAUAGCAAAAUGACUGCAGCUCAGAAGGCUUUGGCUAAAGUUGACAAGAGCGGAAUGAAAAGUAUCGAUGCUUUUUUUGGUGCAAAAAGUAAAAAAAGUGGAAAGAUUUGAAGCAUCAAAAAUAAAAUCCAGUGAAGCAGAAACAGAACUUGCCUCUUGCCUAUUCUGUCUUGUCUCUUCUUGCCGCUGCCCUGCCCCUCAGUUACUACACUGAGAACCGAGGUGAUUUCGCAUCCUGCUGACACUUGCUGCGCUGAGAUUUGUUGUCUGACAAACACAACCUUUGUGGGAAAGUGAUUGUGAGAGCUGCUGUCCGGGGCCUUUGGGACAUUUGCCAUAAGGAAAAGUCACCAAGUGAACAGGUCACAGAGACACAGCUUCCCCAGGGAGGUAUGAGUGGUGCCCGGCUGCUCCCUGCUCUGUCCUGCAUGGCUCCGGCUGAAAUGAGCUGGACAACAAAACCGUGCACUUUGGUAAAUGUUUAUAAUUAGCCAUAUCUUCGUAUGAAUUCAUGUUCUUCGAAAAAAAAAAUCAAUAAAUCAAAAUUGCAAUCUCUGACCUUUCCAUUAUGCAGACACAACUAGAUAAUUUUCUUAGAAUAAAAAUAUUUUCAAGAAAUCUAA